GGUUGCCGGAAGGGGCGGUGGGAGGAGAGGCAAUAUGGCGACGGAGAGCGGAGAGGGGCCGCAGGAGAUGAUGGAGGUCUUCUUCCCAGAUUGUUGGUUUUAGGAAGAUGUGAUGGGAGGAAAAAGUACAUCCAAAAUCAAAGUAGAAACAAGGGUUGAUAAGCGGAUUGAAUCGGAGGAGUCUGGAGACGAAGGAGGGAAGAAGCAAGCAGUUCGCUUAGUAACAGACCUCAGUCAGCAGAGCCUGAGAGAUGAGCAGAAUGGUGAGAACGCAGGAGAAGCAGAGACACCAGUGGACAUGGAGACAAUUAGCCUGGACCCAGAAGCUGAGGAUGUUGACUUGAAUCACUUCCGAAUUGGGAAGAUUGAAGGAUUUGAGGUGCUCAAGAAAGUGAAGACUCUCUGUCUCCGUCAGAAUUUGAUUAAGAACAUUGAGAACCUGGAGCAAUUGCAGACCUUGCGGGAACUGGAUCUCUAUGACAAUCAAAUUCGGAAGAUCGAGAACUUGGAGUCUCUAGUGGAACUUGAGAUCUUGGACAUCUCCUUUAAUGUUCUGCGACACAUUGAAGGACUAGAUCGGCUUACUCAACUUAAAAAACUCUUCCUCGUCAACAACAAAAUCAGCAAAAUUGAGAAUUUGAGCAGCUUGCAGAUGCUACAGAUGUUAGAGUUGGGAUCCAAUCGAAUUCGGGCAAUUGAAAACAUCGACACUUUGGCUAAUCUUGACAGUCUGUUCCUUGGGAAGAAUAAAAUCACCAAGCUCCAGAACCUGGAUGCGCUGACAAACUUGACUGUGCUCAGUAUACAGAAUAACCGUCUGACCAAGAUUGAGGGGCUGCAGAGCUUGGUGAAUUUGCGUGAGUUGUACCUCAGCCACAAUGGCAUCGAAGUCAUCGAGGGACUGGAGAACAAUAACAAACUCACAAUGCUGGACAUUGCAUGCAACAGGAUCAAGAAGAUUGAAAAUAUCAGUCACCUAACAGAGCUGCAGGAAUUCUGGAUGAAUGAUAAUCUCGUCGAGAGCUGGAGUGACCUGGAUGAGCUGAAAGGAGCGAAGAACUUGGAAACUGUGUAUCUGGAGCGAAAUCCCUUGCAGAAGGAUCCCCAGUACCGGCGCAAAAUCAUGCUGGCCCUUCCAACUGUCCGGCAGAUUGAUGCCACGUUUGUUCGAUUCUGAGCCUCCUGCUGCCCUCUCUCUCCUGUCCUCUUUGGAGACAUGUCCCAACUGGGUUUUUUUUAUCCACUUACCACUCCCCAGGUCUUCAGUACACUGACACUCAUAAAGCAAAUGGUCAAUGAAAAGCACUGAAUACCAGAUCUUGUGUACAAUGCACUUGUUGUUUUUGAAAUGUUGUUAUUAAAUCUUAACACAAGAG